ACAGGCUCCUCUUCUCUCUACCUGGUGGAGGUGGGUGUGAAGAGAGAUUGAGUCAGACAUUGAAAGGGAGGGGGUGACCAUAACAUUUUUGUCCCUGUUGCGCUUACCGUAGCUGCAAACAAUCCAGGAAGACGCUUAAGGACUGUGUGAGGCAUCGAGCGUUGGAGGAGAAAAAAAAAAAUCGUUUUCACCGAAACGAAAAGAAAUUUGGAACUGGAAGUGUGAGGAUCUUAUCCAACCGAAGGUUGUGCUCGUUUUCACUCUGCACAGCCGAGUAGAUCUGUCGAGGAGAGGCAAGAAAAAUAAUGGGAGGUGGGGGCGAAAGUUAAAAAGAGCGAAGCCGCAGUCCGGGUCUAGUAGGCGCCGAGCUGCUUACCUCCUCUUGCCGGCCUCACUCGAGGUCGGGGCUGCGGGGGGUGAAGACGACUCGGCUGCGGCAAGCUUUAGCUGCGGGACUUGUUUCUGUUUGCAGGACUGCUUUGAAAUUUUCCCACGCCCUAAUUUUGGAUGACUGUACUAUUUAAGAUAUUUUAAAGAUGUCGGAUACCGCCCCAGCCCGCUGCUUAGAUGAUAUCGACUUGGCUGCUUUAAGGGACCCUGCUGGAAUCUUUGAACUAGUAGAGGUUGUUGGAAAUGGAACAUAUGGCCAGGUAUACAAGGGGCGUCAUGUCAAGACUGGGCAGUUGGCAGCCAUUAAGGUUAUGGAUGUAACCGAAGAUGAGGAAGAGGAGAUUAAGCAAGAAAUUAAUAUGCUGAAGAAGUACUCUCAUCACAGAAAUAUUGCUACUUAUUAUGGGGCAUUUGUUAAAAAGAGCCCUCCUGGGAAUGAUGACCAGCUUUGGUUGGUCAUGGAAUUCUGUGGUGCUGGUUCAGUGACUGACCUAGUUAAAAACACAAAAGGCAAUACACUUAAAGAAGACUGGAUUGCUUACAUAUGCCGAGAGAUCUUGCGGGGUCUUUCACACCUCCACACCCACAAAGUAAUUCACAGAGAUAUCAAAGGGCAAAAUGUGCUACUGACUGAGAAUGCAGAGGUCAAACUUGUUGACUUUGGAGUGAGUGCACAGCUGGACAGGACGGUAGGACGUAGAAACACAUUCAUUGGCACGCCAUACUGGAUGGCUCCUGAAGUAAUUGCUUGUGAUGAGAAUCCAGAUUCUACUUAUGACUAUAGGAGUGAUAUUUGGUCAUUGGGAAUCACUGCUAUUGAAAUGGCUGAGGGAGCUCCUCCUCUAUGUGACAUGCAUCCAAUGAGGGCUCUUUUUCUUAUUCCUCGAAACCCUCCUCCUAGACUGAAGUCAAAGAAAUGGUCCAAGAAGUUCAUUGACUUUAUUGAAAGCUGUCUGAUCAAAACCUAUACAAGUCGACCUUCUACUGAUCAAUUGCUGAAGCAUCCUUUUAUUCGAGAUCAGCCCACUGAACGGCAGGUCCGGAUCCAGCUAAAAGAUCAUAUUGAUCGAACCCGCAAGAAAAGAGGAGAAAAAGAGGAAACAGAGUAUGAGUAUAGUGGUAGUGAGGAGGAAGAAGACAGCCAUGGAGAAGAAGGUGAACCCAGCUCCAUCCUUAAUGUUCCUGGAGAGUCCACACUAAGGCGAAACUUUCUGCGGCUCCAGCAAGAAAAUAAGGAGCGCUCUGAAGCCCUCAAAAGACAACAGCAACAACUGGCGGCCCAGAGGAGAGAUCCUGAGGAACAUAAGCGACAAUUAUUGCAUGACAGGCAAAAACGUAUUGAGGAGCAAAAAGAACAGCGUCGCAGGCUGGAGGAACAACAGCGUAAAGAACGGGAAUUGGCAAAGCAGCAGGAGAAAGGUCAUCAUCAGAGAAGAAUUGAGGACAUUCGUCGUGAGGAAGAUCGCCGACUUGCUGAAAGAGAGCAGGAAUUCAUAAGAAAUAAGUUGGAGGAGGAACAGAGACAGUUAGAAAUCCUCCAACAACAGCUGCUGCAAGAACAGGCUUUGCUGAUGGAGUAUAAGCGCAAACAGCUGGAGGAGCAGCGCCAGUCAGAAAGGCUGCAGAGGCAGUUGCAGCAGGAACAUCUUUAUCUAAUUCAAUUGCAACAGCAGCAGCAAAAGCAGCAGCAGCAGCAGCAACAACAGCAGCAAGAUAAGAAGCAACAGUUGUACCACUACAAUAAAAGUAUUGAUCCCAGCAACAAACCAGCAUGGGCAAGAGAGGUAGAGGAACGUUCAAAGCUGAACCGACAGAAUUCUCCAAGUACCAAGCCGAAAAUGGGCACCACUGUAUCGGAUCCAUCUUUGCAGUCAAGAUCAGAAUCCAUUCAAUCUGGGGUUACGCAAGCAGCACAGACUCCACCCAUGCAACGCCCUGUAGAGCCACAAGGUGGUCAGAACAAGUUGCAGAUGGCUCACCUGGUGCCAUUAAAGCCAUAUGGUGCCCCAGUUCCCCGUUCACAGUCACUCCAAGAUCAGCCUACGAGGAACCUUGCUGCUUUCCCUACACAAGACCCAGCACCCAGUCCAGUUCAUGGUCCCUCUGGUCGACACGCCUCACGUGGAGAGAUGGUCCGUCAGAAUUCUGACCCAACUUCAGAGAUGCCCACUCCUCCACCGAGGCCCUCUGAUAAUGAUAGAAGCCCUUGGGUGAAGAUAGGAGAUACUGAACAGCCACCAAAGGUUCCACAGCGAACCACCUCCAUUGCAACAGCACUUAACACCAGUUUGGCAUCUGGCACAAGGCAGGCGGUUAGAGCGAGUAACCCUGAUUUGCGGCGAAAUGAUGGCUGGGAGCGAGGUGAUAGCAUUAUAUCAAUUUCCAAUUUGCCACAAACUGGAUCCCUUGAGCGGCACAGAGUAGGAGCUACAUCAAAAAUUGAAAGUUCACCCAUCCUGUCUCAAGAUAACCGCCCAAAGCAAGAAGAAUCCCGCACAGCAUCUCGCCCUAGCAGACCAGCGAGCUAUAAAAGAGCAAUAGGCGAGGAUCAUGGAUUGUUUCCCAAAGAGAAACAAGAGGAGCUUCCGAGGCCGCCGAUCAAAGCAAUGGACUACUCUUCCUCAAGUGAAGAAUCGGGUGAAAGUAGUGAGGAUGAAGAUGAGGAUGGAGAAGAAAGGUCAGAAGAAAGUGCAGACCUUGGUAGAGAUGGGUUGCGAAAAAAUAAAGAUGCUGAUACAGAUAGCAUUAACACAAUGGUAGUUCAUGAUGAUGAGGAGCCUUCUCUUGUUAACACUUCCAGCAGUUCAUAUGGAGAUCAGACUAUGGUCAUGCAGCGGACACCUGAAGAAAAACGAAAUCAUAAUGGAUAUACUAACUUACCAGAUGUAGUCCAACCAAGUCACUCUCCAACAGAUCCCAAAAGUCAAGGAGCCUCUCCUAACAAGGAUGGCAGCUAUGAUUCACGUGGCCUUGUUAAGGCCCCAGGCAAGGCAUCAUUUACCACAUUUGUGGAUCUCGGAAUGUACCAGCAUCCAGGUGGAGCUGGCGGCUUUGUUCCUGGUGAUUGCUCCCGUUUUGAUCAGCUGAAAUUUGAUGUGCGUAAAGGAUCUGUGGUGAAUGUGAACCCUGCAAACCCAAGGCCUCAUAGUGACACACCAGAAAUAAGAAAAUACAAGAAGAGGUUCAACUCAGAAAUUUUGUGUGCUGCUCUAUGGGGAGUGAAUUUAUUGGUGGGCACAGAAAAUGGGCUGAAGUUGCUAGAUCGCAGUGGACAGGGAAAGGUGUAUGGCCUUAUCAACAGUCGACGGUUUCAGCAAAUGGAUGUUCUUGAAGGACUAAACUUACUAAUAACUAUAUCAGGCAAGAAGAACAAGCUGCGUGUGUAUUAUCUUUCCUGGUUGAGGAACAAGAUUUUACAUAAUGAUCCUGAGGUUGAAAAGAAACAGGGAUGGACUACUGUGGGGGAGAUGGAAGGGUGUGUGCAUUAUAAAGUGGUAAAAUAUGAGCGUAUCAAAUUCCUGGUGAUUGCACUGAAGAACUCUGUGGAAGUUUAUGCCUGGGCACCAAAGCCUUAUCAUAAGUUUAUGGCAUUCAAGUCAUUUGCAGACUUGCCACACAGGCCACAGCUUGUUGACCUCACAGUUGAAGAGGGUCAGAGGUUAAAGGUCAUCUAUGGUUCCAGUGCUGGGUUCCAUGCCAUUGAUGUUGAUUCUGGAAAUAAUUAUGAUAUCUAUAUUCCUGUACAUAUUCAAAGCCAGGUCAUGCCUCAUGCAAUUGUUUUCUUGCCUAACUCUGAUGGAAUGGAAAUGCUACUCUGUUAUGAGGAUGAGGGCGUUUAUGUCAACACUUAUGGUCGCAUCAUAAAGGACGUUGUAUUACAGUGGGGAGAGAUGCCUACCUCUGUGGCAUAUAUCUGUUCAAACCAGAUUAUGGGUUGGGGAGAAAAGGCUAUAGAAAUCCGAAGUGUGGAGACAGGCCACCUCGAUGGAGUUUUCAUGCAUAAAAGAGCCCAGCGGCUGAAAUUUCUUUGUGAGCGCAAUGAUAAGGUGUUUUUUGCAUCAGUGCGUUCAGGUGGAAGUAGUCAAGUGUACUUUAUGACUCUGAACAGGAACUGCAUCAUGAACUGGUAAACAGCAACUGUAAUUGUAAAUGAAAGAAAAGUUCAAACUUGAAUACAACCUACAGCAUGAAAAUUCCACAUCUGCUGGGAGAGUAUAAUUACGAAAGCUGCUUUAAUUAAAGAUUUUCUUGGUUUAGACCUUGAUCUGUACUGUAUAUAUUGAUCCCACCAUCUGUGUAUGUGGUGGAUCUGAAAGGGGUCUGUCUCUCUCUCUCUCUUUUUUUUUAU